AAAUUUGCACGUAUUACGCUGAAAACGCGGAAGAUGUCCUUGUGAAAAAAGUAACUUGGCAGGACAUAAUUUCGGUGACUUUUGGUGAUUUCCAAAUAGUCCUUCUUUCUCUGAAACACCGAAAUCGACGUCGUGCUUUGCAAGACUUUUGUUGUACUAAUGAAGCUUAUUUUGUAGGUUGAGUUUAUUACUGCUCACCACAAAGUGCAGAUAUGGGAUUUUUAAGAAUCAUAAACAGACGCUGUCAAAUGCUUGCUUCAUCUGGAAGGACCAAAGUACUUCAUCACCUUCUAAAGUCCUGCUCCAUGUCAACAGCAGACACAGCAGUUAAGGAAUCCAAAAUGCACUAUGUUUUGCUGAUGAUCCCAAUAUCAACAUUUGGCCUUGGAACAUGGCAGAUCAAAAGACUACAGUGGAAGAAAGGCUUGAUCAAAGAGCUUGAGUCGAGAACAAAUGCCCCAAUUCUAGAUCUUCCAGAAAAUAUUGACAAACUGAGAUCAAAAGAUCUGGAGUAUCGACGUGUCAUAUUGCGUGGAACAUUUGAACAUUCAGAGGAACUCCAUGUAUAUCCAAGGUCACUGAAUGAAGGUGCACAUGGUGGAGGGGGCUUUGGAAGGCAGCCAAAAUCUGGUGGGCAUAUCAUCACACCAUUUAAAAUCACUGAUACAGGGCAAAGAAUCUUUGUCAACAGAGGAUGGGUACCAAAGGAUAAAAUCAAAGCAGAGAAAAGACAAGAGGGACAGAUCGAAGGAGAGGUAGAGAUGGUUGGCUUCAUCAGACAAGGAGAAAAGAGACAGCCAUUUCAAGGCAAAAAUAGACCAGAAAAGAACCACUGGUUUUCAAGGGAUUUGGAUGCUAUGGCAGAAGUCACAGGCUGUCUGCCGAUUCUAGUAGAUGCUGAUGCUGCCAGCACAGUUCCUGGAGGACCGCGUGGAGGUCAAACACGUGUGUAUCUUCGCAACGAACAUCUUCAAUAUAUAAUUACUUGGUACGCGUUGUCUGCCUUCACCGCGUACAUGUACUACAAGCUCAGGAAAUCCCCAAGGAAUAUCAUCCCUUGACCUGCCACUGAUGACUACAGCAACGACAGAAAUGUUCUGUUUGUUAAUUUAAAACUGCUGUUAAAUCUUCCAGUUUCACGACAAAUUUGAAAAUGCUAGUUCAACAAAGAUACGCCAUGUCAUGGCAAAAAAACCACAUUUAUUUCAGAAGGAGUCCAGCAUGAAGACCAUGAAUGGGUGCCAUGUCAAUAAAACUACGGAAAAGAUAGCAAAUAAAGGAAUAGGUUCGA